AUGUCCUCCGCUCUCACACAACAGCCCGCUUAUCGUCUCCCUCCCUCCGCCUCGUCCUCCACCUCCGACAUCAACGCCGCCCCCGACGCUGAUUCGAAGAAAAAGACGGGCACAAAGCGGAGACGACCACAGGACGGCACCAGCGACAGUGCAGACUCGUCCUCCCAGCCGCCACGCACACGCGAGGGGCCCAAGAAGAAAAAAGCAAACCGCGCGUGCUUCCAUUGCCAGAAGGCGCACCUUACAUGCGAUGAUUCUCGACCGUGUCAACGUUGUGUCAAGCGGGGCAUGGCAGAUAACUGCACGGAAGGCCACCGCAAGAAGGCAAAGUACCUACUCGACGAGGAGGAGCUAGCACAGCCGGAUCCACCGUACGUCCCGCCUGACCCCAUGUUCCCGUCGUCGUACACUGCAUCGGCGCCGUUCUCCCUGGGUUCCGAGGGCGCCAACCUUGAGUAUAGUAUCCUAUCCGCGAUCCUAGGCAACUCACCUGACCCGACUGGUCCUCCCAAUUCCGGCAGUCCCUCUGUAUCCCAUGCGCCUCAGCCCUCGGCCCCAUUCAACGGCCAGCCAGAUAUUGGCGCGGGCUCAGCGAUCUCAGGCGGCGCGCAGGGUGCUGCGGCUGUGUAUCAGGCGGUCACGAAACCGUACGACUACACGGAAGGCUACCACUUCCUGAUGAAACAUCUGCCCACGCGAUUCGACAAGAAUGACAUCCUGCGCAUCGUCCGCGCCCUUGCCAUCUUUCGGCCGUCGCUUAUCGCGCUGCAAAUGCCGCUCUCGGAGGAAGACGAGGUCUUCGUUGAAAAGUGCUUCCAGCGCUCUCUUAUCGAGCUGGACAAGCUUGUGUCCUUCAGCGGGACGCCCACCGUCGCGUGGCGGCGGACGGGCGAGAUCUGCCUCGUCGGCCCAGAGUUCUGCAUGCUUACGGGAUGGGAGAAGGAAGAGCUCGUCGGGCGGCGGAAGUACAUUUACGAGCUGUUCGAAAACCAGUCGGUGGUGGAGUAUUGGGAAAACUUUGCGAACCAUGCGUUUGAGAACACGACGCAGAGUGUGUAUUCGCAUUGCGUCCUCCUCAAACCUUCCGGCACACCUGUGCCGUGCACGUUCUGCUUCUCCAUCCGGCGGGAUAUUAUGGAUCUCCCUAGUCUCGUCAUUGGGCAAUGGUUACCCCUAUUGUGA